AUGCUCAAGCCUGGCAACCCGCCCACAAUCAGUCUCACACAAGUCUGCCGACAAAUUCGAGAUGAGUUCAGAAAGAUCUACAUGCAAAACGCCUCCUUCACAGUCAGAGACAAAGACAUCAAGAGGUUCACGAACGCGUUCUUUGCGUCGGGCCAUACGAACCAGCGGGUACUCGAUGGGCAACACCCCUCGCGCGUCAUUUACCGCUAUCCGCCAUCCACGAAUGUGGACAUACUGCCUCUCCUGGAAGUUAAGAUAGCGUCCCCGGAAACCGAGGUCAGCGUCAUCCCCGGUCCUGCAGAUACCGAAGAGCAAUUCUAUUCCCAGUAUAACUGCGCGACCGCGAAGACCACUUUCGUUUCCUGGAUCUACCAGCAGGUGGGCGCGACCCUCUUCAGGCAAGUUUUUAGGGCUGACAUGUGUGUAAUAGAGUUGCGCAAUCUUAUCUAUGACUUCGCUGCUGAGACCGAAGCCGACCAACCUCGCUGCGUAUUGCCGUGUCUUGCGCUUGCGCAGACAUGUCAACAGCUGCGUACUGAGUAUCGAUCUAUAUGCCUGAAGCGAGACAUCGUCAUCGAUUGGAAGGCGGUUACCGGUUACAUGCGCACCUUCUUCCCCACCGUCAACGGCAAGAUCGAGCAUGUUGAGCUUGCACCGGCGAACAUGACCAUAGUCACUCCAUGGCGCGGCAAGCCGGAGGAUACGGGUGAUGGGCUUGACUUACUACCGUUGGUCAAAUUUGGCCUCUGUAGACCAAACUUCGCCUGUCACUUCAUCCACGACACGAAAAUCUUGGAACGUGCCGAGAAAGAGGCAGAUAAAAAGCCACAUAGUGAUGGACGUAACUUCAGAGGCUACAUCAAUGAAGACGCCGAGGCUCUAGAAGGGAUUAUGCGCAGUCGUAACCCAAAGUGGCUGUCCGAUAUCGAAAUUGGUGUUGUUACCAAGCUCGUCGCUUUCAAUAUUGGCGUUAGCGAUCCGCCGCAGGCAACGUUCUACCUGAAACGAUCGUUGUCCGACUUCGAAACGCAUUAUGAGAGCUACGAAGAAAAUCUGUUCGAGAAUCUCUACUUCGAAAGUAUCGGUGCCGAUGCAUUUUGGGGAGAAUUUGAGAGGUUUCCUGAACUAAAGUUUGAGUGA